AUGAAGUUGGAAUUGUUACCCGACGAGAUUUUACUCGAUCUAUUCGAUUAUUUUAAUGGUGUUGAUCUUCUUCGAGAAUUCUAUGGUCUUAAUAGUCACUUUAAUUUUCUUCUCUACAAUCAAUUUCGAAAUUAUCGUUUUAAAUUUGAAGCUGUGUCGAAACAUAAUUUCGAUAUGAUAUGUCAACAACAUUUACCAUUUAUUGCUAAUCGAAUUAUUGCUGUUAGCCUUACGGGUGAUGAUGAUACUCCAGAACAAAUCAAUUUGUUUCUUUCAUAUAUAAAAUCAUUUAAUGAAUUCAUUCAAUUACGAACACUUUCAUUAUACUAUGUUCGUUCAUAUGAAACACUAAUGAAAAUUUUAAAUCAAUGUCAUCAUCUUUGUUAUCUCACUCAUUUAAACAUCUCUGAUUGUUAUUUUCGAGCUAAUCAAGUAGAUUUUCAAUUACUUAUCAAUAGCAUUUGGAGUUUACCUAAACUUAUUCAUUGCAAUUUUGCAAUUGAGACAGAAGAGCAAAAGCUUUUUUUUACACCGACAAAAAUUUCUUUAUCUCUUCAAAGUAUAUCUGUUGGUAUAAACGAACUUAAAUUAAAUCAAAUAAAUCAAUUAUUUAAAUCUACACCUCGUCUUAAACAAUUUUAUGUAUCUCUUGAUCCCUCUAGCUAUGGUGACUAUAAACCAUAUAUUCUUUCAACAUUAAUUCAUUUGAAAAUAUCUAUGUUUAAUGUUGUUGAAAGCUUAAUAAUAAAAAUUUUUCAAAGUACCCCUAAUUUAUGUCGUUUAAGUGUCGAUUUAUUGUUUAAAUUAAUCGAUGGUCAUCGAUGGGAACAAAUUAUUCGUAAUUAUUUGCCCAAACUUCGUGUAUUUCGACUUAAAAUGCAACAGACACGUAUUUUCAAUCAAAAUAUGGAAGAACAUGCUAAUGAAUUACUUAAGUCAUUUCAAAAUUCAUUUUGGAUUGAUGAACAUCAAUGGUUUGUUCGAUGUCUUAUACAAACCAAUACAAUUGUUUUCUAUACUUUAUCCAAACCAUUUCAUUACUGCGAAGAUGAACUUCCUCGCUCAUUGAUAUCCACUCUUCCACACGAUGAUCAUCAGGAUUUUUAUAAUAACAUAACUAACAUCAAUAAUGGGACAUUUUUUGACCAAUCGAUAUUACCUCAUAUUCGUUUGACUAACAUUAAUUAUCUUUGUAUAAAACUACCCAUUAACGAUCAAUUUUGGUCCGUUGUUCCAACUUUAAAUCGACUGAGGUCACUAGCAGUGUCAUCACAUGUUGAUACUUGUCAUUCUCAAUUACAAAAUUUACUUGAUCGUGCACCUAAUCUUCAUCAUUUAUGUAUCCAUCAUGAUACAACAGUACCUAUACAAAUGUCAUUAUUCAGAUAUACAAAUACACCGGUUCGUCAACUUAAUUUAACGGAUUACAAUCGUUAUUUCAAUGAAGAAGAAUG